ACACUACAAAUUUAUUCAGUCAUUUGAAGACCGCUCACAAAGUGACAUACGAUCAAACAAUGAAGGAACAUAGAGAAAAACUCUUGACAACACCUGCUUCAUCCUCACAGACCUCCAUUCACGCUACCCUGUACAACGCGACUAAAUAUCCCACCAGCUCCCAGAGACACAAGGAGAUAACAAACGCGACAUCAGUGGAGAAACAGACAACAAGGACUGAACUGAAACUCUUACCACUGUUGACAAGAAGAAGAGGCAAUAGCUGACUCAUUUUCCACAAGGCUAUCAGGUCACAGCCAUUCAUUCCGCCACAGUCAUUAGGUUUCACUGCUGUGGUAAUUGCUAGGGGACUUCUAUAUCAUAUUGGGACACUGUAAAUGUUGACCUAAAUCUUCCAAGGCAGAUUCUUUUUGACUUUUUUUUGUCAUCACAUGAUUUUACUUGCCAAAUUCCCCAAUGCCUCGAUGGAAAGUGUUCUUGAGCCAGUACCUGCGAUGGUCCAGCACAGUCACUCAAGCCCUCGCCCUGUCCAUCAUCACAUUUUGUGUCAUAUUUCCUUUGUGCUGCCAUCGUCUGCUGUACUCUUACUACUUCAUUAAGUCCAUGUACCUCGAUUCUAUGAGUGAAGUGGUGCUGCGGGAAAGCCUAGAUCGAGGUCAGGAGGCUCUGCGCUUCUGGCAGAGCUCUUCAACUACAGCAUCGUCCAGAUUCAACAACUUCACUCAACAUCCUGAACUGCUGGUCACUGUGGUAACAGCCAGGCGGAAUGAGGCACGGGACUACCACUACCUGCUCCAGGUAAUGCUGCAGCUGAGUAACAUUGUGGGAAGCUGUGGGGAGCAGGAGUGCGCGGAGGUGCUGGUCUGUGAUGUGGAGAGUGGCCCACAGGAAAACCAGGAUGCCAAGCUGCUGGAGAGCCACUUCAGGGUAGUCCGGCGUUUACCUCAGGAGCAGCAGAGCAUACGGGAGCGAAUUAAUACCUUUGAAAAGGAGAAGAGGGAUUAUGUCUUUUGUCUCCGCAGGGGCUGGGAGCUGGUGAAGCCUAAAAAUAUGGUCGUUCUAGAAGAUGAUGCUUUGCCAAGAAAUGAUUUUUUCAUUGUUAUAAAGGACUUGUUGUCACGUAGGUUUGCUCUUCACACUCUUUACAUCAAGCUAUAUCAUCCUGAAAGGCUACAACGCUACUGGAACCCUGAGCCAUACCGCAUUCUGGAGUGGGUGGGGCUCGGAUUGGUUGGCGCAACGGCCCUCCUCCUCAGCUUCCCUUACUGGAACCCAUGUUCUUUCUCGUUCACCCUGUCAGCUACCCAUCUCCUCUUUUUCACUCUAUACUUUAUGACCGCUGCAGAGCUGCUGGGGCGGCAUUACCUUCUAGAAGUCCGGAGAAUUUCCCCACAGCUGUAUGCCAUCUCACCAGCUACUGAGUGCUGCACCCCAGCCAUGCUGUUCCCUGGCGAUGCCUCAUUCAGGGUGGCUGAGUAUCUCGACAGUUCAUUCUGCUACAAAGGGCAUGCCAAAGACAUUGUUCUGUAUCAAAUGGCCAGGAAAGUCCCUGGGCAGAGGUCUCACAGUGUAGAACCCAACCUCAUCACUCACAUUGGGGCUUAUUCCUCAGUCAGAGCUAACCCAUCCAGGCCCAAGCUCCUCUAACAGAACCAGAAGAAGAACUUCUGACUGCAAGGUUCACUUUAAUCAGGUUUCUCCUUACUGGGUUUUGCUUUUUUACCAUCUUCUAGACUCUUUAGAAAUCUUAACAAAUUACUCAGCGAAUGUUGGUUUGGUGAUUUGCAUUGAAAACUAUCAAGGGAUCAAGAUCGAUAUGUUAGUAGAUGUCUAAAUUCCAGCUUGUAGACGCACAUGUGUUUUUAGUUAUCCAUCUCUCUGAUAUCCAUUUAUUUUAAUCAACCGUGCAUAAGUUGUGUAAAGGGUGGUGGUGGUUUUUCAGAGCAACUUCAGAAGAGGUUGAAACCACACAAACUAAUGCUUUUACAGGAAAAUAGCAUGUCUUAAAUUAUUUUAUAUAUAAAUGUUAGAUGGCAGAAAAUGUUACUUUUGACCCAUACCUUGAAAACUUUUUUAUUGCCAAAUCAUCUAACCCACUCUCACUGAGCUGUGUGCGACCAUCCUGGAAAAAAAUGUCAAUGGUUCUCUUCUUUGUUUACCUUUUUAAAAAAGAAGCCAGAUGCUCCCAGAAUGCCUCAUUGUUUUUCCUUUUCCUUUGUCUGUCCUUUGACUGUUAAAGAAUUUAUUCGGUUUUUAUAUACCAUAAUCACAGUAAAAUAAAGUUUGACAAUGUAACUUCUUAGAGUAAGGAGAGAACAAUUCAUCAGACUAUGCCUGAAGUUUCUAAAAUGUACUUACCUUGGAACUGGUGUGUGAGAGUUAUAGCUGAUUUAGCUGCCUGUCGUAUUUACAUUAAUCUUUUGCAAAUAUGAAAGUAAGUAGAGCCAUUGGCUGUUGUACCCUUACAUUGAAAAGGGUUUUGACAUUGUUAAAAGCUUAACAUAUCCACGUAUUUUGCCACCUGGGAUUUUGCUCCAAAAUGGCACAGGCAUAAGAAAUCAACUCUAAUUGCUGUUUGCUGCAGAUUUUCUUGUGAGUUCUCUCUCACUCGCUUUCUUUCUCUAGUUAUGCCUGUGUGUGUAUUUGCAUGUGGUGAUGAAACAUGAGCCCUGGCUCAUGAAAGACUAAUGUCUGAGGACGCCAUUCCUGGUUUGGGUGUGGAUUUCUUUGUUUUAAUUUAACAGGUUUUGUGAUCACACCAACGUCUAGUCUUGCCCUGCAGUAGCGUACAGUAUAACAACAGAACACUGUAAGUGUUGUAAUCACAGGUUAGACUACAUACUGAAAAUACCUUCACACAUUAUGUAACAGAAUGUACACUCUGACUGUUAUCUUAAAAUGAACAGUCUAAAAUUUUGGUUUCAGCUCCGUUCUGCCCUUUUCUUAGUUACUGCUAUUAAACUUUUGCAUGUGACUCCUAUAAAGUUUACACUGAUAAGAGCACAUUUAUCAUUGAAGUGCACAGCACUUGUUGACACACUGCCCAUGAGUUCAUACAGUAGACAGAAACACCUUCUGUUGUAAUCUAAUGCCAGCAGUCUCAUGUACAUUGAGCUGGUUGAGCAAACACUCCUUCCUGCUGAUUCCGAAACAAAAACUGCCUGCUCUUCCUAAAAACUCUGAACUAACCACUGCCACUUAGCUGUCCUGCUGUUAUCACAGAUGAAAACACUGGGAAGCUCCAGUUUACUGAAGUGAUUUAAUCAAGUGUCAGACUGUUUAUCUAACAUAAGCAUCUCAGUACUCAUUUUGUCUUACUGAAUGUACCUUUACUGGUGCCAAAUUUCCCUCUAAAUUAAUUUUUAAACAAUGAUAUGAAUUUAAAACCAAUGGCAAAUGAAUUCUGUAAUCUGCUACUGGUGGCUCUGAAAGUAUAAGAAGUUAAACUCCUGAAGCUCAAAGUGGCUUUUGUCCUAAAGCUCCAAAUGAGAACAGAAAAAACAAAACAAAAACAACGGCUCUAAAGGCAAACUUUAAAAAGUUAUUUAGUUAAAUAAUUAGAAACAUUUUUUUCAGCGUUCUGUCAUGUUUUAAAAAACCACCAAAGUCUGAAAACAGAAAGAAACGGCUAACAGAGCUUCAUAUGAAGGUGGCAAAGUCCAGCAGCUCACAAAGUUUACUCAUUAACAGGCCAUAUCUCAUUUUUUGAUUCCCAACAUAAAGAAGGGUAAACGUGGUAUGUUGUAGUUUUAUAGCUUGUUAUAUCUGUUUCUCAGCUACAAGUACAGGUGCUUUGGUGUUUGUACAGAAACCCUUUGACUUUUCUGCCUAUGAAUGCACCAUGUACACUUCGCAUACAUCACAAAUUUGCCUUAUUUUAAUCCUUUUUUUUUUUUUUUUUUUUUUACAUUUUUCUAAAUUUGAGUGAAUGUUAGCAAUUCAUUAAGGACUGAAAUAUAUGAAAGCACAAAAUGUCUUAUUUAUAUUAUUUUGUGUUGACAGGACAUAAUUUAUUUGUUAAAGGGCAAAGUAUUAACUGACAAACCGGAUUUAUCUACAGGCGUUAUAUUUCAUUUGUGACUGGUUUGAGUGAAUGCCAUUAGGUAUGAUUACUGGUCUGAUUUUUUUUUUUCUUUACCUAUAAAGAACACUUUCAAAAUUAAUACACACCACGCACAAUUAGAACAUAAAUUAAAAUAUGACAGAAUAUCAGUUUUGAAUUUAAAAAUCAUUUAAAAAAAUCAAAUCAUUGAUUUGGAAAAUUAUAAUUUAUAUUUUGUUUAAAAGAAGAUAGAUGUUCACUUUAGCUAUGGCUAUGCAAGAGAAGUUAUGAGAACUGACUGCUUUGGUUUUUAUUUGAGGUUUUCUUUCUCAUAUAUAGAUUUGAUUUAUUUUCUAAAUCAUCAAUAUUGAUGUGAUUGUUCACUGUCAUAAAUAUUGAAUGACCUGAACUGAGCGAUACAUUUAACUGCUUCUACUGUUUGUUUUUUGUUUUCAAGCACAAUUUUUCACAUGUCAUGUUUUCAAUUUGAUUCUUUUACUGAUUUUACAAUUAAUACAAUAAAUCUAGAGUUUUGAGUUA